AUGGGUGUCCUCAUCCUUCCAAUGCCACCUAUGACUAUAGAAGAAGUAAUUCCGCGGACAAAGAAAUGGUGGCCACCUUGGGAUUCAAGGAAGCAAUUGAGCAGCAUUUAUUGUGAAACCAGUGGAGUAGCUCAAACUUGUGAUAGACUUGGGAAGAUUCUAGCUGAUGCAGGUGGAGUGCUUACAUCUAAACUGCAGGAAGACAUUAUUCGAUAUUGUCGUGGGUUAAAUCUUGUGUGGAUUGGCAAAUUCAAACUGGGUCUCAGUUGA